UUUACCGCCAUCCUUUUCCUUGAAUCACAGCUUGCGCCAGUAUCCCUACGCCGGAAUGGUGAUCUAGACCCCCUUCGCGCAAGAGAUUUCACGGUGCCGCCUCCAACCGCCAAUUUCCCGUCCGGAACCGAUGUAAAGGCCGAUUCACAUCAAUGAUUCAAAAAUCGGUCCCGGGCCGGUACGCAUUAGGUGACGUUUUGGCGCGUUUUUUUUAUCGCGGAGGGACACCGGCGAGCCGCGCCGAUAAAAACUCUGCUGCCGCGCCGGCCACACCCACUCAGUGUGCUCGCAUCCAGCCGGUCGACCGAAAAAGGUCACGGCACACCAUGCUGCCCUGUUUGCCGUCCAACUUAACAAGACAGCAGUUUCUCUUCGCCGCUAAGGAGUCGUCGUCCCCGUCGGCUACUUGCUUUACGUGGGUGGACUUUGACCUCCGUGGAUGUGGUUCUUCCACUUAGUUCAAAUCCAACAUUUUCUUUGAAAUCCCAACUGCCGUUGGAAGAUGUUGCAAAGCUUUGCCCAGUCACAGGACUGGCUCUAUUCAGAGCCACUGCUUUUCGAUGAAGAGUUCUGCCAAAUAUUGAUGAAGGACCUCCAGUCACUGCCCACUCCCCCACAGUCACCCCCCAUGAAGGCAGGCGCCACCGGUGGGGCCAAGCCCCUCUCCAGCGGCGACCAGCUGAGCUACGUGUCGGACAUCCUGCUGGAGGACUACGACAUGCACCUCAACUGGAACUGGAACUUCAUCCAUGACAAGGAGGGUGGCGGCGGGAGCGACGGAGGGGGAGGGGGGCGGCCCGGCUCCCCCGCGUUGGAGGAGGAAAGCGACGAGGACGGCCUGUGGCGCUGCCUGGCGUCGGACAAGAGCCCGGUGGAGAAGCUGGCGCCGUCCGUCCUGGGCUCCAGCCCGCUCCUGUCUGACAUGGACACCAGCAUCUUCGAGGGGCUCGCCGGCUCCACGCUGGACUGCCAGAACCUGAUGGAGGGCCGCGAGACGGCCGAGGCCACGUCCGACUACUAUUCCGCCGGAGGCGACGUGUCCGUGUACUCGUCCAGCGACUCCGAGGAAGAGAUCGACGUGGUGACGGUGGGGCGCUGCCCCUCCAGCCCGCCGUCUUCCUGCCGGCAGAAGCGGUGCGACGAAGACGAAGAUGAGGAGCGUCGCGCUCUCCGGCGCCACCACUUUGAGAUCCAGCUGCAGCAUAACUACGCCGCGCCGCGCCCGGCCUCCCCGCCUCCUUCCUCGUCCACCAAGCGCUCCCGCGGCGGCGCCCAUCACGCCUGGUCCUCGUCGUCCGCUCGCCACCAGCAAGCGUCGUGGCGGCACCCGGCCGAGACGGAGGACGAGGAGGAGCGGCGGCGCACACACAACGUGAUGGAGCGGCAGCGGCGCAACGAGCUGAAGAACUGCUUCAUGCGCCUCCGCGACAACAUCCCCGAGCUGUCGCGCAACGACAAGGCGUCCAAGGUGGUCAUCCUGAAAAAGGCCCGAGACUGCAUCCACGGCCUGGAGGACGCCGCCAGCCGGCUGCAGGUCCGCCGGGACAAAUUGCGCGCCAAGCAGGGGGAGCUCAAAGCGCGACUGCAGCACCUGCGGACGCCUGCACGCUCGUGAAAAGAGAAAAAAAAAAACACAAAAAGGCAAGGAGAGAUUUUUUUUUUUUUGGUACAAAAGAAAUGACAUUUUGCUUUCAGGAACCAGGAGGACGUUUUGACAAGUACGCACAAAGAUGGACUUCUCAGUAGACUUUAUGCUCACGGGCGCUCGCACACACACACACACACACACACACACACACACGCACGCACAUAUAUACACACACACACACACACACACACACACACAUUGCGAUGCCUUGACUGCUGACUGUUUGAAUACACGCACACGCAAGCGAGGUCAGUUCUUGUUGAUGAAACUUGAACAUGCACGACUCACAAAAAGUCGCAAUUUUGGCCGUGAGAUGUCAGAGUGAAGCAAAAUAAAAAGAGUGAGGCUGGGGGGGUCACAGAAAGGCGGAGAAAAUACUGUUGGGUGCAAAGGGGAGGGAGGUGGGGGCUUCUACCCCCCGCCCCCCUCCCAUUUCCCAUUUUGUCUUCAUCCUAAACUUUCAGCUGUAAAGGCCAAAAUUGCGUGCUUGUUGCGAGUUGUGUAUUCAGGAUGUCUUGUAGCCAUAGCAACCAGCAAUCCCUCCGCCGAUCGGCAUUUUGAUGGCCUUUAGGUCUUUUUGCAGGUUCCCAGAACUUCUUCCUUUUUAAUGUGUUUUUUGUUGUUGUAGUUUUAAAUCAGCAUCUGAUGCCUUUUGAGUAUGUCAAACUCAUUUUUGAUUGAUCAAUGUUUCAGAGUGGGGAAAUAGUGACAACAGCCAAAUCUGGGAAGUUCACAGUGGACCCACAUAGUCGCCGUUUGGUAAAUGCAAAGGCACCAUUUGUUAUUCGCAAAAUCCCCCUCUCGUUUGCAUUCUUACCCCAUGCUCCUAUUCUUUGCAUCCCUUUUUUUUUUUUUUUUUUUUUUACCUGAGCAUGCUCACUUUUUUUGUUAAGACGAUCACCGUUUUAUUCAUUUUUUAUCAAACCAUUGUAAUAUAAUAAAUUUGGGGGGGGGUCCACUGUACAACAAUUUUUCAAUUUGUUAAGAACGUACCGUAUAUGGUGGAGCGAAAAAAUGCUUGUGCUAUCUGUUAAAGUGUUGAAAAAUAACCGUUUUGCCACAAAUCUUCUAAAAAAAUGGCAAUUUUGAAGAAAGAAAGCCAUAUGUCGGUACUUUUUGUUUGGGUGGGGCCCCGUGGCCUCAAGUUUGACACCAGUGCCAUAACGUCACCAAAGUUUUUGAUUUUUUUUUUUGGGGGGGGGAGGGCUUUCUGACAACAACACUGAUGCUCAAGCUUCCAUCAUCUUUGUUGAAACGGCACGUUCUGCUCGCUGAGAUGUUGCCAGGACCACUGCCCCGCCGCCCGCCCCCCACCUGCCCCUUUGUCUGGGUGUUGGUGACCUGUUGCAGCAACAGGAAGUAGCAGCUUUUGCCCUCUCUGGUUGAUUGGCGCAUCCUCAAUGCGCAGGACGACUUUUGGUCGGGACUACAGCAGCGUCAUCUUCCCAUGAAGUUAGUCGUUGGAGAAAAAG